UCGGAAAACGGCUCGGCGGAGAUGUUAUGUUAAAAUUGCGUUGGCGUGUUAUCUUGCUUUGCGUUUCAACUGUGAAGUUUAUGUGCGGCUACAUCUAUCUAUCAGAAAGGCGUAGAAGCGAUUGGCCAAGUAUUUGGGAUACUCAAGACACUCCUUGAUACCGAAGAUUCAGAUUUAAGCUCAUGUAGAAAGGCUUGCAAUCAAUUCAGUGUCAGUCACGUUUAACGUGCCGAGGUAACUGUGCGGCAAAUACAUAUAGAAAGCAAACAAUAAUCGCGAUGACAGGCCAGCUCAGAGAUUCAGACAAGACACAACUAGAACGGUGGAUUGGUCAAGGACCAAAACAGUUUACCCUGCUGUACAGUGCGACCAAAGAUGGGUGUGUGGCACAAAAGUUCCACAUGAAAUGUGACCACCAGGGCGCGACGGUCACUGUCGUGUAUAAUGAGCAGGGAUCCGUGUUUGGUGGCUAUACUUCUGCGAGCUGGGCUGGCAACCUAAACGGUCACACAAGAGAUGACAAAGCCUUCUUGUUCCAACUGAAGUUCUCCGAUAAAGAUACAUUUCGGAAAUUUCCAGUUUCGAAUGCCACAUACAGCAUUUAUUCACAUUCAAGUUAUGGACCCUUUUUUGGUGGGAAUAGCGGGAAUGAUAUGCAACUAUUCUCCGGUACUAUCAAUAGCAGCGGCGGUUUUUUUCAGUUGAAUGGCGGUUGCGAUUUUGGAACCAAUUACACGAUGUCUGGUGUAUCAAGUUGGAUCGAUGUACACAACGGAAGCCUGAAAAUUAAAGAACUUGAAGUAUACAGUGUGGCAGUCAAGUCCAUUGUACCGGUUACUACUGAGCCUACGGUACAACCUUGGAUUGACAUGCCAGAAUGGAAUACACAGCUAGCACAGGAAUUGGUACAACAAGUCAAAUCCAUUAAACCAAGCAAGAAGGCUUCGGACAAGCUCCAGUUACAAUAUUAUCGCAUAUUACUGAUUGGUCCAGUGGGAUCAGGAAAAUCCAGUUUCUGCAACACCGUCAACAAUGUGUUCAAAGAACGAUUAACACAACUUGCAAUCAGUGGAGAAGGAACAACUAGUAUCACAACUACGUAUGAGCCGUACGUAAUAAAAACGACAGGUGAUAGUCCCAAGCUGCAUAUGCGUUUAUGUGACACACGAGGACUAGACCCAAAAUCUGGAAUUGAUACAAUGGAGUUUAAUUUUCUCCUAAGUGGGCAUAUUCCAGAUAAAUACGAGUUCAAUGCGGAGAAGUCAAUUGCCCUUGACGAUCCUUUGUUUGUGAUGAAGCCGACUAUGGCAGAAAAGCCACACUGUGUUGUCUUUGUUUUUGAUGCUACAUCUCUUAAGAAGUUGGAUUCAAAACUUGUAGAGAAAAUAAAGAGCUUUCGAAUAGUUGCAACGCGCAAACAAAUCUCGCAGGCAGUUCUUCUGACGAAAAUUGACCUCCAAGACAAGGCUUGAGGACAGAAUUUAGAAAAGGUUUAUUCAAGCACUGUUAUCGAGAAAACGGUAAAUGACGUCUUCGAAAUGUUCGGCUUCCCGAGGAACACUGUGUUUCCUGUGAAAAACUACGAAAAAGAGAGAAUGCUGAAUAACGGCGUGAACAUCCUGGCACUCACGGCGUUGGUGCAGAUCCUGUACUUUGCUGAGGACUACAUUGACAAAGAGUUGUCAGAGUCGGUGAAAGAGACAAACGAACCUGAGAAAGAAAAGGUCGGGGACAGAUCGGAUUCUGAAUAAGGUAUUUCUAUUGGUGUAUUUGAUAUGCGUUUAAAGAAAUACAUUUUUAUGUUUGUAAUUACAUUAUUACUUAGAAAAUAAUAUUGGUACAAAUAUUUAUUCAAGACAUUAGCAAGUGAUUGGUUCGCUGCAUGUUGCAAAAUACAUUACAUAUAUAUAUAUAUAGAGAGAGAGAGAGAGAGAGAGAGCGAGAGAGAGAGAGCACAAACUUUAUAUCAUGGUCAAGCUUUGUGUAAAACUUUUCUUUUCUAAUGUUAUUAUCAAAUGCAUCGGACAUGAAAUACCGCAAAUAUCGAUCAGUAUACGAUUGUGUUGAGCUAUUGAAAUUCAAGAUAUGCAAGACACAAAAUACACACGGUAUCACUAUUCACUAUAUGUAUGACAUGUCCUUCGUAGUAUGUCUGUUGUUUAUGUUUUAUGAUUCUAUGAUGAGCUUUGCUGUUUUUGUAAGUAAGCUUUUACCGAUGACUGGAAUUUCCCUGUGUAUUACAUUGGAUCAAAUGUCAGUGUAGCUAAAAUGCCGUGUGCAUUUUAUCACAUUUACAGCCAUGUGUUUUAUUGUAACGUUGUAUUUUUAACCAUUUUGUUUUUCUUUUAUUACUGAGAAAGUAUGAAUGUCAUAAGUUAUGCAUGUUUUGCCAUGAUAAACCAUAAAAUUAUAUAAUCAUUUACCAAACUUGCGAUUUUAUCAUACAAUACCAUUAUGUAUAAUCAAAUUAUGUAAAUGUAGUGACUAUGAAAAGUAAAACAUUCAAGGCGUU